AUGGAAGCAAAGCUCUCUGAGGAAGAAGGAGCUCCGUCAGAGGAAAGUCAGAGGACGCAGGCCCAGGAGGAUGCCCGAGAUGCCCUGUCAAGUGCAGCAGAUGUACAGGAGACAGCUGGGGAAUUCCAGGGGUUGUCUUUGGAAAAAGUCAAGAAUGAAGAUGCUGAAGGACACUUUGGAGAUGGAGAUGGAUCACAGAGGCAGGAGGGAAGCCAGGCAGCUGGGGAUGGUCAGAGGAAUGAGGAGGAUGAGGAACUGCAUCCUCUAUCACCAGAUGAAGUCAAGAAUGAAGAUUUGAGAGGAAACUUCAGACACAAAGUUGGACCUAAGAAACAGAAAAGAAGCCACAUCGUCCAGAAGAUGGGUAAACCCAUUCCUUUCCAAGGGGGGGAUUCCCAAGAAGUAAUUCACACAGUGAAGAAAACAUACAAGUGCUUGGCAUGUGGAAUGAACUUCUCAGAUCAACCCCAGUAUAAUGUGCAUUUACGAAUGCACAGUGGAAAGAAGACCCAUCGAUGGCUGGAGUGUGGAAAGACCAUGAUUCGGGAGAAGCCGAUUGAAUUAUCAGAUUUUGUGAAGAGAUUCAGUCGCAGGGGCACUCAUCAUGUUAGAACCUACACAGGGGAUAAGACUUUUGAAUGCUCAGAGUGUGGGAAGAAAUUUAGUCACAGUAGCAAUCUUCAAAAACAUCUAAGAAUCCACACCGGGGAAAAGCCUUUUGAAUGCUCAGAGUGUCAUAAGAGAUUCAGUCAGAGUAGCCAUCUUCACACUCAUCUAAGAACCCACACAGGGGAGAAACCUUUUAAAUGCUCAGAGUGUCAGAAGAGAUACAGUGACGGUAGCAGUCUUCAAAAACAUCUUAGAACCCACACAGGGGAGAAACCUUUUGAAUGUUCAGAGUGUCAGAAGAGAUUCAGUGACGGUGGCGGUCUUAAAAAACAUCUUAGAACCCACACAGGGGAGAAGCCUUUUGAAUGCUCAGAGUGUCAGAAGAGAUUCAGUGAUGGUAGCGGUCUUCACAAACAUUUUAGAACCCACACAGGGGAGAAACCUUUUGAAUGCUUAGAGUGUCAGAAGAGAUUCAGUGGCAGUAGCAGUCUUCAAAAACAUUUUAGAACCCACACAGGGGAGAAGCCUUUUGAAUGCUCAGAGUGUGGGAAGAGAUUCAGUCAGAGUAGCACUCUUCAAAAUCAUGUAAGAACCCACAGAGUGGAUAAGCCUUUUAAAUGCUCAGAGUGUGGGAAGAGAUUCACUCAGAGUAGCACUCUUCAAACUCAUCUUAGAACCCACACAGGGGAGAAACCUUUUGAAUGCUCCGAGUGUGGAAAGAGAUUCAGUCAGAGUAGCACUCUUCAAAAUCAUGUAAGAACCCACAGAGCGGAUAAGCCUUUUGAAUGUUCAGAGUGUGGGAAGAGAUUCAAUCACAGUGGCAGACUUCAAGAACAACUAAGAACCCACAGAGGGGAUAAAGAAUCCUCUGGGAAUGGCAAAGAGCAGUGCUCCCAGUGGACGUGGUCAGAAUACGGCGUGGCUGUCUCUAAUGUCCCGGCGCGGCGGAGCCAAUCGGACAUAGCCGGAGCCGGGGGAGAGCAGACUCGUGCGCCGGAAGAAGCAGCCGCCCGCCGGAGGCAUCAGAGGAGAGGAGAGACGUCCCGCUGA